AUGCCGCACCUCAAGAAGAAGCUCAAGAAAAGGCAUCCCGUCAUAGCUGAGAGUGAGGAGAGCGAUGCAGACUCACAGAGUGAUCAAAGCCUAGAGAACGAGGAGGCACCGAGGAAGAGAAUGAAAAAGAUCGAGAACACGCCAAUCCUGGCCACAUCAAGGUCUACAUCACGACGAACCCGUGCUGCAGUGGCGGGAAGUUCUUCCAACACUACGCCUAACUCCAAUCGGCAGGAGACGAGCCAGGCCUCGGAAAAUAAAAGGAAGCAGCCUUCCACAGGCGGAAACCCCAGAAGCAGCUAA